UUUGACACCAAACAGGUUUCAUCCUGGAUACCAGGCUCCUCUGUGCUGUAUAAAGACUGAGCAGGACAGGCAGCAUCGGCACACCUGCUGCAGACACCACAGAGGAUGAUGGCAGCACAAGUCAGCAGAGUGAUGUUCCUCCUGAUGAUUGAUUUGUUUCUGGGAGCCUCAUCCUCCAUUUGGCCUCUGGCUCCAGCUGCGGCCUUCCAGCUGCCGCCCUGCCAGCUCAUCAACCAGACAGUGUCUCUGGAGAAGGAGGGCUGUCCAAAGUGUCACCCAGUGGAGACAACCAUCUGCAGUGGUCACUGCAUCACCAAGGACCCUGUCAUCAAGAUACCGUUCAGUAAUGUGUACCAGCAUGUGUGCACGUACCGAGACUGGUACUACAAGACCUUUGAGUUUCCUGACUGUCCUCCUGGUGUGGACCCGACUGUCAGCUACCCCGUGGCUUUGAGUUGCCACUGUGGCCGCUGUGCUCUGGACACGUCUGACUGCACGUACGAGAGCCUGCGGCCUGACUUCUGCAUGAAUGACAUACCUUUCUACUACUAGUCUCCACAAAUAGCAGCAUAACGUGUAACACACAAUGCAAAUAGAAAGCAUCCUGACGUUUUACCAUCUACUGUAGCAAAUACAUUUACCAGAGCAAAGACUUGCUCAAUAAAUGUUUCUCUCUUUUGUGCAAAUAAAUGAGGACAUUUCUG